CGGCCGUCAGCAGCAGCAGGUUCCGGACGCUGCCGGAGCCCCUGCUCCCACCGUCUGUGAGCAAUGAACGCUUCGUGCUGCCUGCUGUCUGCUCAGCCAACCCUGCCCAACAGCUCAGAGCAGCUCGCCGCCCCCUCCCUCAGCAACCAGAGCAGCAGCGGGUUCUGCGAGCAGGUCUUCAUCAAGCCCGAAGUCUUCCUGGCGCUGGGCAUCGUCAGCCUGCUGGAGAACAUCCUGGUCAUCCUGGCCGUGGUCAGGAACAGCAACCUGCACUCGCCCAUGUACUUCUUCCUCUGCAGCCUGGCGGUGGCCGACAUGCUGGUGAGCGUGUCCAACGCCCUGGAGACCGUCAUGAUCGCCAUCAUCAACAGCAACUACCUGACCUUCGAGGACCGGUUCAUCCAGCACAUGGACAACGUCUUCGACUCCCUGAUCUGCAUCUCCCUGGUGGCCUCCAUCUGCAACCUUCUGGCCAUCGCCGUGGACCGGUACGUCACCAUCUUCUACGCGCUGCGCUACCACAGCAUCAUGACCGUGCGGAAGGCGCUCGCCUGGAUUGCGGCCAUCUGGGCGUGCUGCGGCGUGUGCGGCGUGGCGUUCAUCGUCUACUCCGAGAGCAAGAUGGUCAUCGUGUGCCUCAUCACCAUGUUCUUCGCCAUGCUGCUCCUCAUGGGCUCGCUCUACGUGCACAUGUUCCUCUUCGCCCGGCUGCACGCCCGGCGCAUCGCAGCGCUGCCCCCAGCCAACGGGGCGGCCCCGCAGCAGCACUCGUGCAUGAAGGGGGCUGUCACCAUCACCAUCCUGCUGGGGGUGUUCGUCUUCUGCUGGGCCCCCUUCUUCCUCCACCUCAUCCUCAUCAUCACCUGCCCCACCAACCCGUACUGUGUCUGCUACGCCGCCCACUUCAACACCUACCUGGUCCUCAUCAUGUGUAACUCCAUCAUCGACCCGCUCAUCUAUGCCUUCCGGAGCCUGGAGCUUCGGAACACAUUCAGGGAGAUCCUCUGCAGCUGCGAUGCCAUGAACCUGGGCUAGGGUGCCAGGGCCAGGGAGUGGGCGCCGGCGGCUCCGUCACCGGCGAGCCCCCAACCAGCCAAGCAAGGUGUUUAGAAAGAAGAAGAGGGGGUAGAGAAGUCCUGGAUAGGCUUAAAAUAGGUCAACAGCCAUGAUCGGUAUGUCUUUUGUCUUUGCACUUGCAAAGCCUUCGAAGGGGAAAAUGGUACGUAACGGGCUUUCUCGCAGGACUCUGCGGGGGGUAAGUGACUGAUUUCCCAAAGAGGCCCUGGUAGGACUCAGUGAGGGCGGCUCGGGGCGCAGCCUGCCUUUACAUGCAUGCGCGCGGGGUCUGUCACGCCCACCUGCUUCCUUCUGCGUCCUCCCCGUGCCUCCCUGCCACAAGUCAGACCAGACGGAAGGGUUUUCGUUGGCUCUGAGAGGGAUUCAAAUGUCUCCCCGGCAAACCAGUCACGGUUCUGGCUGUCAGCUGCUCAGAUGGUCUCGUCCUUAUUUCAGAAGAGACUGGGUUUCUAGCCUAUAACCCUAUUUACUGUAAAACAAUGGUCUAAAAAAUACUGAGCUCCAUGUGGAGGAAGCGAUGCUACAUUUGCCCCUCUCCUCAACCUCCCAGACCAGCCUCCCCCCGAAAACUAGCAUAGGGAUAUGACCUGCUUCUAAUUUGGUUGCU